GAGGGAUAAAUCGGAGGGGGAGGGGGGAAAAACUCACAACCCCUGACCCCUCUACUUCCAACCUCCUGACCCCUCAAUCCUCCACCCAUCAGCUUACCGACCCCUUAACGCCCCUAUCCCUACGCCGCUUUCACCUCCCACGCCUACCCCUCAACACCUCUCAGUAUGGUUAUGCAUUUCUGACUAAUUAGCCAUCCCUUUAGGGGGUGGAAAUUUGUAAGGGGAAUAACUAAGAAGCAGAUUGGAUAAAGAAUAAGCCAUCCAAAUUACUAAUUCCACGCAAACGAGUCGCGGUUAAAAGCUAGUAGCAUAAUAAGUGCGAAAGUACUCUGUCUGUCUGUUUCCUCUUCACACGCUUAAACCACUGAAACGAUUUAGAUGAAAUUUAGUAAAGUAUGGAGGGUUUUAGGUUCGAGAAAGGACACAUGAAAGUUUUUAUCAAGGAAAUCAUCCCUUAAAAAGCCUUAAGCAAGGAAUAAAGCCCAUGAAACUAUUUAAGUAUUAAGAUACUUAAAUACUUUUUUUAUAAAUAAAACCUUAUUUUCGCUAUCUUGGCUACGGGAAUAUUCAUAGUUAUUCGACUGCGAACACAAUAAAAUUUAUAUCUAAGCAAAGUCGCGCGCAUUUCGAAUAACUUUUUUAAAUUAUUAGUACGUAUUGCUGACUGCGUUGCCGGUCGAAAUUAGUCCCGCAUUUGAGGAUGAAGCAUAGGCAAUCAUGGGAAUGUUUGGUAUGUUAAUUUAACAGCUUGAAGCGCGGGUAAGGCGCGAGCAUUGUUUUUUUAACGAUCGCCCGCUUUCGGGAGCGCCCGCGCAGGUUAUUAGAUGUCCUUGGAAGGUCCGAGUCCAGCCAACGGGAUGAACAGGUUGGACUCACGGACAGACGGACGACUAGCACAGUUAGCCGCCGCCACCGUAACUGGGUCACCCUAUAUAUAUAGUGAAGUUCAAGGCGCAACACUCAUUGCAAGUCAAACUCGCGUUCGAGAAACACGCACUUUCACCAGUGAUAAGCUACAUCGUGGAAGACAGUGUAUCAGUGAUUCAGUGAUUGCCAGUACCGGAACCAGAUAAAGGAUGAGUCAGAAGAUCGCAGGCUGGGCGCUUUUAGCCCUGAUUAGUUCAUCGACGAUUCUUCAGACGAUAGCGUACCCGCAGCAUCACGCUCCCCUCAUCUCACAGUCAACAAGUAAUGUCCGGACACAAAAUCCGCAAUACUACAGCAACUCGUUGCCUCUACCACACGAGCAACAGGUGCAGGAGCGGAAAUUCGCAGAGAAGCCCAACGCUCUCAAGAAAGUCGCGCUGGACGACAUCGACGAUAUUCAGAACAACUCCAUCUCCGAUGGUGGCUUCUCAUGGUCCAACAUGCUUGGUAAGGAGUAUAGUUAUCUUCCAGGAAUGAUAAUGCAAAUGUUGUUCAACCCCGGCGGCACUGGCCCCAACAAGAGUGACAGUAUCGACACGGAUUCUUCCUCUGUGUCGCCGUGGGCUAACCUCUUCUCGAUGGGCCUCAAAAUCCUGACAGCCAUCCUCGGCGGAGGCGCUUCCAGCGACGGUAUCGACAAGGUCGACAACGGCUCCUCUCCCAUGCAGGGUAUAUUGGCUGCGGUACUGUCGACGGUGCUCGGUGCAAAAGAUCCUGACCAGGUCGCCUCCAUGGCAAAACAGGCUGGAGAGUUCAUCAACAUCGUAGUGAACCUGUUGGACGCCCUCAAGACGUCAUUCUCUCACCGCUCUCUGGCCGCUCGUUCCAUGGGUCGCAAGGACUCCGUCAGCGACGCCGCCAUCGCCGGAAUUGCCAUGCUAAAAACCUACGUCAGAUCCUUCAACACAAGCGACGACAAAUGCCUUCAAAAAUACGUUUGCGACGCCAACAAUGAGUGCGCUGCUGAUAUUGGACCUAAGAGUGUUUUCUGCCAACUUGGAACUUAUGCUGCCAGUUUCGUACUCGAGAGGCAAUCUGGUGGUACCUUCGACGACUUCUACGAGGCUGGUCGCCGAGGACGCGGUGGCUUCGACUGCCGCCAGAUGUACCUCGAAUGCAAUGAAGUUUAAGACCAAACACCCAUUCCAUAUUAAUUAUAAAUCGCCAAAUCAUUUUAUUGUCCAAAACUUCGAACUUAAAACCUUUAACGUAAAAUCCGAAUUAACUGUAACGAAACUUCCUAUUUAUUGCUUUGGAAAGUUAACGCGAUCGUGCAGUUAUUAUUGCAUUUCGAUUUCAUAAUGUAUAUUUUUUGUCUAACGAUGAAACAAUGUACACAAGGGUAUAAUUUUAUAUUGCCAUGCCUAAUUUUUGGCGUGAUACGAUCAUAUCCCAUCGCACAAGCUAAGACGCGUUAAGUGUAGUAUUCUAAUAACUUAUUUAAAUUAUUUAUUUAACUUAUUCUAGAAGUUAAUGAGUAGAGAUAACGUAUGAAAACAAAGAAUAUCUGUAUUUAACUGGUCGUAUUUUUUGAUGACCUAGUUAAUUGAGCAUUAUAAAAAAUUGGCAUAAUGUUCAGGGUCAAAUGAACUAUGUGUAAUUACAAUUCCGCCAAUUUCUCAAUAAAUGACGACUGAUGUAAAAAUCUGUGUGAUAUAAAUCAAUUGUAUCACUGAGUAGUUUAGUAAUAGGUUUUGUAUGUAUUUAAAGUGUGUUGUAUGAUUGAGGACGUCCUUGUGUGCAUGUGUGUGUAUAAUAAAUAAUAAAUUAUAA